AUGACUAGAACUAACAAAUGGACCGUACACGAAACCAAGGCCAACCCAAAGUACUUCACCCACACCGGUAACUUUGGUGAAAACCCAACAAACGUCAAGAAGAACGGCUCCGGUAAGGGUAAUUGGGGGAAAGCCGGCGAUGAAAUUCAAGAUUUAGUCGAAUCUGGUGAAAUCAAGACCGUGUACAAUAAGGCAAGAAGAGGUUCAAACUCUCAGAAGAAUGAAGAAAAAAUGGGGAAUCUUCAAAAAUACCAAGUUUAA